UGUGACAUGGAGCCAGAUGGGGAGCUAAAUCCUGACACUGACGACCUUCCACUCCGAGCCAAUACUAACCACAUACUUGUCAGACAUUAUGUGCUGGACCUGACUGUUCAUUUUGAAAGGAAGGUCAUCAGUGGUAGUGUUGUUCUGUUCCUGGAGCCUUGCUGUGGGGUGAGGACUAAGGCUGAGGAUGACACUGGACCCGACGCUGGUGAAGGACCUGGCACUGUAGAGGCUGGAAGGAGUCAGGAUGGGUUUCUGUGUGGAUUUCAGGAUGUGGAUGCAAUAGAGGAUGGAACGCAAGGACUUGGGAAGACUCUGACAAAGAUGGAGAAGAAGUUUGGUGCUAGAGAAAGAGAAGGAGAUGAAUUUCAGGCCCUCUCUCGGGUUGGGUCGCAGACUGCAGCUGAAACACACAAUAAUAAUGCUUUACAUUUGUGGGAAACCACCAGUGACGGUGAUUUCACCUUAGUGUUGGACUGCUGUGACCUCGAUGUGUCAAAGGUUGAAGAGGUGGAUGUCACCUCUGUGUCAGCCAUGUCUGGCCUCUCAUCGGAGAUCACAUCUCAGGGGUCGGGGGUCAGUUCAGUGAAUCCACAAGCAGCCUUUAUUCAGAAACUCAUCUCCUUGCCCUCCAGCCGAUGGAGGCAGAAGCACCAGCUCUUUUUGCUCUGUAGCCGUGCCCCCGGAGCUGAGGAUGGCAGCUCACUGCAUUUUCACCGAGACCGAUGGAGCCUGCAGGUGAGGAAGGAGGGGGCAGUGUCCCCUCAGGAGUUCCCUCGUGCUGUCAGGAUCUGCUAUGAGACGAGUCCAACAGGAGGCUCUGUGAGGUGGAGCAAAGACCAGGACAACAGGGUGUGUGUUUACACUGCCGGUUCUCCCAUCAACAACCGAGCCCUCUUCCCUUGCCAGGAGCCGCCUGUUGCCAUGUCAACAUGGCAGGCAACAGUGCGGGCCCCCAGUGAGUGUGUGGUUUUGAUGAGUGGGGAGGAGCAAGCUGUACCUAUUGAGGACGGACACACACGUUUCUCAGUCUGGAACUACUACGUCACUAUGCCCAUGCCUGCCUCCACCUUCACUUUGGCGGUGGGCCACUGGUGCCAAGUCACAGCAGAAAUUCCCCCUGCACUGGAAAGAGGGGUGAGGGACGGGACAGACUGUAUCAAGACUGCCAAAUCUGGGGCUGGGUCUGGGGAACAGACUGAGGCAGAGCUUGUGUCUGGACUUGAAAGCUCCUCCACUGAAGGAGUAAAGGGCUCUCCACUCCAGACUGGCAGUGGAGACCAGACCACCUGCUUAGACUCUACAUUCUCUUACGCUUCCCUUGAGGAUGAGGGGCUCUCUGUAACUGAUUAUUCAAGCAUGAUGGAUGACAGCGUCUCUUGUUCCCAUGGCGACUACCCUUGCCGAUUUACUGAGCGGUCGGCUAGGUCCCAGCGGGUGAUUCCACACCGUGUGUUUGGCCCCGUCAGCUUGCUGCAGAAGGCCCAGACAGGAGUCCUCAAACUGUUGCCUCGAUGUUUGGCUGCAGCCCAUGCCAUUCUGGGGGUCCACCCGUUUCCCCGCCUUGAUGUACUCAUUGUUCCAGCAGGGUUCUCCAGUCUGGGCAUGGCCAGCCCCCAUAUAAUUUUCCUGUCCCAGAGUGUGCUGUAUCCUGGGACUUCUGGUUCUGGAGAGAACAGCCUGUCUCUGUGUGGGUCCAGGAUAUGCCAUGAGAUUGCCCACUCCUGGUUCGGCCUGGUCAUUGGAGCCAGAGACUGGACUGAGGAAUGGAUCAGCGAAGGCUUUGCCACCUACCUGGAGGACAUCAUCUGGGCCCAAGCACAACAACUCUCCUUACAAGAAACAACAGAACAAUCUGACCUGAAGGCACUGCUGAGGUGGAGACGACUCUCUGAUGAGUUGCAGAACUCAGAGGAGGAACUUCAGAUCCUGAGACCCAACAUGGAGAACACUGGUCAGGUCAGUGAUUCUGGCUCCUCCACAGUUAAACAUGCCCUCAACCCUGACAAAACUUUCAUGCAAGUCCACUACCUCAAGGGUUACUUCCUCCUCAGGUUCUUGGCCAGUCAAGUGGGAGUGCAACAAUUCAUCGACUUCUUCAGAUUAUUUGUCAAGAAAUACCACGGGCAACUCAUUUUGUCUCAGGAUUUCCUGCGAAUGUUGCUGAUGAUCUUUCCCGACAUGGAGAGAAAAGGCCUCACCCUCAGUGCUAUUUAUGCUGACUGGCUUGAUCGACCGGGAAUUCCAAAGUGGCUGUAUGAAAGGAGCGCCGUGUGGUCACAGGCGAGGCUGGUGGAAGAAGUCAAAGCAGAGGUUGUAAAAUGGAUUCUCCUCAGUCAGAGUCAUCAGGGAAAGGGCAGAAAGCGGAAGAGAACAGAGCCCAAGGUGAACUACAAAGAGUUGAUGUCGGAGCAGCUAGUGAUGCUUUUGGAGCUUCUGUUAGAGGAAUCAGAGCUAAGUGUGCCAACAAUGCGCACUCUGCAGAGGACCUACGACCUCCAGAAUCGAGACGCUGAGGUCCGACAUCGCUGGUGUGAGCUAGUGGUCAAACACACAUACACUCAGGCUUACGGAGACGUGGAACACUUUCUGGUUCAUGACCAAGCCAUGGGUGUGUAUCUGUACGGGGAGCUGAUGGUCCACGAGGACCCUGUGCAGCAGGAUCUGGCUCGUCGCUGCCUCUCAUUGGUCCAGGGAGAGAUGGACCAAUCGGCACGUAGAGUGGUGGAGGAGAUGGUCCUAUGACAUUGGAGGUUGCCGACUACAGACUGAGAUGACAGGAGUUUGGCACACAGGGUGGACAAGGGUCCAGCACUCACCUCCUCUUCCUCUGUAGGAGAGGGGAUGCUGCAGAAUCGCUCAGCAGUGUGAACACCAGAAGGCUGCGCUCUUACUCUACAGCCAAGGCCAACUGGCAAGGUUUAGAGAACAGCAGUUCUGUUCAUUCAAGUCUAAACGAAUAGCUGGCGGGUGUGAACCACUAACGAUACAAGCUGUUUAUAGUGAGAUACAGUGUUGUUGACUUCAUUAUUGCUGUGGUAAGACAGAAAAAUUACAUAAUUUCACCUGCUUUAAAAUGAUAGUGGGAAAAGAGAUAUUUCACGGGUUAAGACACUGCGCCUCUGACCUCAGCUGCUGUGUUUAAGUUAGUUUGUGAGUGUGUGUGAGGUCAUGUUCAUGUCUGUUUAGUCUAAAGCCAUGAUCUUGGUUCUUAAGAGUUUAGACUGGAAAUACUUGCAGGUGAGUAAUGUUUUUAUACAUAACAAAUUACCUCACUCUGGCCUGUAAUGACACUGGACAAUACACAAUUGAUAACACCCAGGGCAUUUCUCUACGAGUAAAUGAUGGUUUCCUAAACAAGCUUUGAAUUUUUUCCCCUAGUAUAAUCUUAACCCCUUAACACUCCGGCCAAAUUUGCCCAAAGCUCCUGUCAAAAACAUACCCAAAUUAAAUUCAAAGCUGUUCUUGAGCCCUUAGGAGUACAUUCAAAAGUUUGGUCUCUUUGUAAAGGUAACACUCUAAAGUUUUAUUUAUUUCAGCAGUCUGAUGUACUGUAAUUGUAACUUGUAUGGAGUAAGAGAAUAUUAAACACA